CAAUAGUGAUAAGUUGGAAUAAUUGUUAUCAGAUACAUAAUCAGAGAUAAAGGUCUCUUAUUUCAUACUCGAUAACGAUUCGUGCAGUUUUGUGAAUAGUUGCUCAGGCUCAAGACUGGAAAUGGGUGGUGCGAAAUACUUCAAGGACCAAUUUCAGAUACAGAAGUUUAAGUUAGAAUGUGGCGAUUGUUCGGACUUUUACUUAGGUUGUUUCCAGAAAAAUCGCUCUUGUAUACCACUACUGUUGAUUCGUGCGAUAUUAUUUUUUGGAUCACUGGCAAUAGUGAUUGCUUCCCUGGUGAUUCAAAUACAAGCUGAUGUGGGGGAUUAUUGGCUUGUAUAUUUAACACAUUGGGGGAUACUUUUAAUGAUGAUUGCUUGUGGAUUCGGAUUUGCAGUGUCUUUAAGAGCAUAUUUUGGAGGGCCGAUUGACGCGACAUUUGGAUUACCGUGGUAUAUUGUGACGUACUGGAUAUUGUACAAUAUAGCCACCCCAAUAGCCUUAUUCAUCACUCUGUUUUACUGGGCCAUCUUAUAUCCAAUAAUAAAAAAUAAUGAUGAUGAAGCAGCCGAACUGGAUUUGGCGUUGGAUCCAGUGUUGGAUAUAUUCAUUCACGCGAUCAACAGCGUUGUGAUGGUGAUACUACUGCUCACUUCACGUCACCCUUCCCAUAUUCUUCACUUCUACUUCCCCUUCUUCUUUGGAGUAUUAUACAUGGUCUUCAGUAUAAUUUAUUACAUUGUCGGAGGCACUGAUCCAUAUGGCAAUCUAUAUGUUUAUCCUGUCCUAGACUGGAGUGAGCCUGGAGCGGCCACCAUCACCAUAGCAGUGUGUUCCAUAUUGAUUAUUCUGAUACACGCAUUAGUUUCAGCUUUGAUGCUGGCCAGAAACUCUCUCGGAAAAUUGUACAGAAAAGACCAAUCAUUGGAAAUAUCAAAUGGAUUUCCAUAGAAAGCAAUUCACAUGAUAAUAAUUUUUAUUGUAUUUUAUAGUAUCUAACUACAACAAUUGUACCACUGCCAGAGUAUAUUGUAUUUUAAUGAAACCAUUUAAGUAAGGGAAACUCAGAACCUGAGACGUACGGUUUUCAGUUUUUCCGCUACACGUUUUAGUUAUUGCAUUAGAAUAGUAUAUUACCUGAGAGUUAGGAUUGGUCACCGCUGCGCUCCAACUAGAUACCGCACUACCUAAGAACAAUAGCUUUAUUAUUACGGCAACUAUUAGAUGCUUGUGUGCGUGGCAUCUUGACACUUUCAAAUUUUGUAACAUACGGUUUAUGUUAUUUUACAUUGAAAUUAAUAAAAUGAAAUUAAUGAAAUGUGAAACUUAAUGAACGUUAAAUUUAUUCGAAACGACAGCUCUCUGCAAAGCGAAGAAUUCGACAAUUACUUAGGUAGUAUUUCUUUCACGGCACUGAAUACGGAAUAGUCAAAAUAUCAAUCAGUUCUUCCAAAUCACUACGAUCUUAUAAAAAUAAAUAUUCUUAUUUAACUUGUUGCAAGCCUGUAUUUUUUUUAUGAAAUAGGAGGACAAACGAGCGUACGGCUCACCUGGUGUUAAGUGAUCACCGCCGCCCACAUUCUCUUGCAACACCAUAGGAAUCACAGGAGCGUUGCCGGCCUUUAAGGAAGGUGUACGCGCUUUUUUUGAAGGUGUGGUGUCGUGCCGGACUCGUCCCCUGUAUUAUUAUUAUUCUUUUGGCGCGUUUGAGAAAAAUUAUCAGAGUGAAUUUUUACGAUACGCGCGCACACCGUCACGCAAAUCCAACAUCAUGAAGUUAGCUGGUCAACUAGACCAUUUGUUUCAUACUUCAGCUACCAUAAACCCUUGUAACUCAUAACAUGUCUACUGAACCCCAACUAAUGGACGGGAAUAAAAUAAAUUAAUUAAAAUAUCUUAUACAUAAGUUGUGAAAUGAAAAAAUAUUUUUUUGCUAAUCGUAUAAAAUAAUUUAAUUAUACAUAAUAUCUCCAUUAACUUAAUAUAAAUAAAUCCAGUGUCCUGAUGUUCGUUUCCAGUGAAGUCCUAAACUAAUGAACGGAUUUAUAUGGGGAUUAAUUUACAUCAUGGAGUGCAUUUUAGUCCAACUUAAGAGAUAAGAUAGUUUUUAUUUCGAUUUGGGACCCUUAAUUAUUUUUAUUUCCAAUAUUUUUUUUGUAUUAAUUUUCUAUGAGAGAAUUUAUGGACGCACGGUUUGACAGUUCUGCUGUGAAACACUUUCAUUACAACAAUAAUUUUACGAAAUAUUAUUGACAAAUUAAUGAAAAACAGUAUUUUUAACUACUUAGGUACAGAACAACGUCUGUCGGGUUAGCUAGUUACAAUAUCUUUGAUGAUUGAUAUGAACAUUCUUAUGUGUUAUUUAUUUAUCUAUCGAUGGAUAUCAACAUUGAAAAAUGAAUUCUAAUUCUAAUUCUAGUGUUUGUAGAAUUUUAAUUAAAAGCCUGAGGGCUGAACUUAAUGUUUUUUUAAAUACUUAUUUAUAUCACACUUAAACGAUAAGAUAUUUAUUUAUGGGCAGCAAUCAAGACUCAUAUGUCAUAAAGGAUGAGGCUAAACAGCGGGCUUUUGUACCUACUUCAGUUAUUUAACACAUAGUAUAUGAUAAAUGUCUAUCUAUAUAUAUAUAUAAAUGAAUGUUUGUCUGUAUGUCCUAUAUACUAUGCAUUUGAUCUUCAGCAGUGUUGUGCAUAAGCCCACGAAGGUUUCUGAGUAUUUUUUUUAAAUGAACAAAAUCAAUAAAAUUAUUAAAAAUAUAUUUGUCAAUAGUCUUUCCUUCAAAUUUAUUUUAGUUAGUGACAUAGCAACGCGCGCAGUAGUUUAUAAUAGUACAGCUAGUUUAUAAUAUUUGGCAUUCCUAUUUCCUUUCCAUAUCUUUGAGUUCUAACUUUAAAUGUAUUUCGUUAAUAUUCAAAUCUCAGCCCCCUAGUGGUAAACGGAUAUUUUACUUUUAGAGGGUUCGACGGUUAAAGGUAUUAUUACGUUUUGUUUUUGAAUGUUAAGUUUGAAGUCUGUCCGUUAUUUUUUCGAUAUGAUGACAGACAGAAGUACAGAUAAAACCCUGAUGAUUAUGAAAAGAAAUAAAAAAAUGCGUGAAUAAUAAUAUAUUUAGCUGUUCUUAGCCUAGUAAUUCUGUUAUUUAUUUUAUUACCAUUAAUAAUUAUAACCCAACUACAGGCAAGCAAAAAGGAGGGUAGAUAGAUUUUGACACGUAUUUUAUAUGUGGGUAUAUUAGUAUAUAUGUUUAUCUGUUUCCUCAUAGCUUCUAAAUUACUUCUCAAAAUUUGCCGUUACAUGAGUAAAUUACCGUUUAUUUGCUUAAAGGGUAUUGUUGGUGUGGUACAAGCGGAGUUAGGUUACCUCUCUCGCACAAGAUCGCCAUAGUUUUAAUUCAGAAUUAGAAGAAUUGUUAAUUUAUUACAAACAUAAUACAACUUUCUUUACAAAACUAUCUCAUGUUAAAUAAUAGGUGGUGCACAAAUAAUAAAUUUUCGUACAAUUUUACCUAGAUUGAAUGAUUAGUAUGGCAGUAACUGUAAGAGUUAGGAAGGGGUUUUUGGCAAUUUUUUUUCGCACUGUCUAUAAAAAAUAGAAAUGUAAAGAAAAAAUAAGUUUUUUUCUUAUAUUCUGUAGAUAUACCUAGUCUUGCUAUAAAUACUGAAACAAAGAAAAAAAAAUUAUAUUGCAAAUAACAUAUAUUACUUCUUUUGUAAUGCAAUCACAGCGAUUCGGGUCUCUUUAUUACCCCACUCCAUUUUAAUAUAGCAAAAUAUUGUAAAAUUUAUUGGCGCCAAAAUGAGAAAACUUAGUGAACAAUCAUAUGACAGAUUCCAAAUUCAAAUGUAAUAUUUUGUUUAUUUUUUAUUGUAACAGUAUUUAUGGCCAGACUAAGUAUUUAAGCAAAUAUGUAUAUUAUUAGAAUACACACUCAUUAAAAUGCACACCAAUCAAACGGAAUAUUUUAUAAUGAUUGCUGUCUACUGAAAACAAUGUUCCUAUUAUUAAGUUUAUAAUUUAAAACGCAAUUUCUAAAUUUACGUACAUAAUUCAUUUAUAAUAAAAUAAUAGUGAUAA